GCGGCGCGGGUCCCGCUGCGCAUGCUCGCCGUCCACGGCCUCUCUCCGUGCGCCUGCCUGGAACGCCUGCAGCUCGACCGAGCACCCAGCACCGAGCACCCAGCAUCCAGCACCCAGCCAUGACGGCACACUCCUUUGCCCUCCCGGUGAUCAUCUUCACCACGUUCUGGGGCAUCAUCGGCAUCGCAGGUCCCUGGUUCGUGCCAAAGGGGCCCAACCGCGGAGUGAUCAUCACCAUGCUGGUAGCCACUGCUGUCUGCUGUUACCUCUUCUGGCUCAUUGCCAUCCUGGCCCAGCUGAACCCCCUGUUCGGACCACAGCUGAAGAACGAGACCAUCUGGUAUGUGCGCUUCCUGUGGGAGUAACCAGCUGGCUUCCUGUCCCAGGUGCCCUGUUCUGGAUGGCCUCGUCUCAGUGUCCCUGGUGACCCUUCAACCCCUCCAGCUCCACCCAGAAGCCCGGCUCCUCUGAGCCCUCUCCUGCCAGAGCCAUGGGGUCCACAUCUGUAGGGAUGGUGUGUUUGAACUCACCUUGUCUUCCCAGCCAGUUAGGGACCUCCCACGGAGAAAGCCCUGCUCACCCCAAAUCCCUGUACCUGGCAGUUUUCUCUCCCUCCCAAGCAGAUCCUGGCUGUGGAAGUUGGUCCUGCUGGAAUCUGUCUUUAUUUGGGGGCAGAAGCCAGGUGUCAGCCCAGUCCCAGAAAGGACAUGUGUCUGUGGAGAAAGGACAUGUGUUCCAGGAUGCUCUGAGACAAGGGUGGCUUUUUAUCUCUGUCUCCACCUUGCUAUGAAAGGUCAGGUCAAAUAUUGAUGUCGUAGAGGGACAGUCACACCAAAAACCUGACAUUGGACUGUCAAGAUCAAAACCUGCAUGUUUAGUGUCCUUGGUACCAGUGAAGUCACUUGAUAGCAUGCUCUGCUGGGGGACAGGUCAUUUCCUCAGAAUUUUCUUUUUUUUCUUUUUUGAGGCAAGCCCAGCAGACUGCUUUUUUUUUUUUUAAUGUGAGAGUAGAGA